AUAUUUAGGAGGACAACUGGUCCUACCAGACGUUCAACAAAGGGAGGCUGGACAGAGAAGGAGGAUCAAAUUUUAACCAUGGCAGUCAAUUCUUUCAAUGGGAAGAACUGGAAGAAAAUAGCUGAAUAUUUUCCUGGUCGGACAGACGUUCAAUGCCUCCAUCGCUGGCAGAAGGUUCUUAAUCCGGAACUUGUUAAAGGACCUUGGACUAAGGAGGAAGAUGACCGUAUCAUUGAGUUAGUUGAAAAAUAUGGCUGUAAGAAGUGGUCAGUUAUUGCAAAGUCCUUACCAGGGCGCAUAGGGAAGCAAUGUCGAGAAAGGUGGCACAACCAUUUAAACCCAGAUAUAAAGAAAGAUGCAUGGACCAAGGAGGAGGAGUUGGCUCUUAUACGUGCCCACCAAAUAUAUGGAAACAAAUGGGCAGAAAUAGCAAGGUUUCUACCUGGAAGGGCGGACAACUCAAUAAAGAAUCAUUGGAACUGUUCCGUGAAGAAGAAGUUGGAUUCAUAUUUAGAUUCUGGGUCUGCUGGGGAUUUGCAUGUAAUCACCUUUCCCAAUUUUGACAAUCAUGAAACUAAAGCAGGAUGCAUAGGGGGUGAAACAGUGGGACAAAGCCUUGGUAGAUUGGAGUCCAUUGACCCGAAAAUACACUUGGAGGAUGGUGUUGGCCCCCAUUUACAGAGCACAGUUCUUAGCAAUGCAAAAGGAGCUCAGAGACAACUACAACUACAACUACAACCUGUUCAGAAUGCUGUAGAAAAUUGUAGAUCUUUGAAAGAAGGGUUACAUGGUCCAAGGAAACCUUUAUCUCUGAUCGGCUCUGAUGGUAAGGAUGCCACUACAAGAAGCUCAAUCAGUGGACAUUCUGGGGUCGAUGCUGAAAUGUCGGAUGGUUCACGUCAUAGCAGUUCUAUUCAGCCUGACCUAUCAUGUAGCACUUCAUCAGGUUUUUCUCAGAAGUUGCCUAUAAAGAGAUUUGCACGUGAGCAAAGUGAUUCUACCAAUCUUGCAUCAUUUCAUCACCAAGGACAUGCUACUAUUUCAGUUUCUUCUUCGAAUGUUAACUUGGAUGUUACUGGAGGUACUAGAAGAAAUAGUUUUCCUCUUGAGAUGGCUCUUCCUGUCACUGCUAAAAGAUCACUUGAAUCUCCUAGACGGCCACGGCGCUAUGGAAUUCCCUUGAAUGGAUUGAUUUCUUCAGAUGCAGGGUUAAAUGGUGAAGCUAAAAAUAAGUUCUCAAGUUUGCCAAUUUGUGAAUUUGGUGGCUACAAUGCUCAAGUUGGUAAACAAAACGACGUCGCGGGCACGCCUCUACAUAUGGAGGAUGUAAAGUUUGGUCGAUUGUAUUAUGAGCCUCCCCUGCUUAAGGAUAUGACUAUGGCCUUCGAAAAUGGUAGAGUUUCAGGUACUGACAAUUUUAUCAGAAUGGCGAACAGUCCAGUUUGUUGUUCUACUCCACCUAGCCAUAUACAAGGUAACUCUAUAAAUUGUAGCAACCCAGAGUCUAUGUUGAGGAAUGCUGCGAGGAAUUUUAGGAGUACCCCAUCAAUUAUUAGAAAGCGAGGGCGUAAGUCUUCCAGACUAGAAGGCAAUGCAAAUGAUUCUGAUGGGAUGUGGUCACCGGAAGUAAGGACCAACGGUUCCACUGACAUGCUGGGAUCAAAGCAUUCACAUUUGUAUGCAAAUGAUGGUCAAGACAGUCUCAACAGCACAGAUCUACAAAACAUAAAGAGGCUUUUACUAUCUCACCCAAACCCUCUAAAAUCUGACGCAUAUGUUUCUUUAAAAUCUGUUGAAAAACGCCUAGAAGAUGCAUUUGAUAUGGAAUGGGAUCAUGCCAAAGUUAAAUGCAACAACUCAGCUUCUGCAAGUGAUCCUUAUGAUGCUAAUUGCGAUACAAAUACAACGUUUAUAUGUUCGGACAACUCAUUGGAACCUAGGCAAGUGGCAUCAGGUCUUUCAUGAAACAUCAUGCCUCUUGAUCGUGGAGACAAUUAAGCUUGAUUUUGAAUGUAGCAGAAUGGUUCUACAAUUGAAGCUUAUCAUCUGAUAGAUGUUGUGAAAGCACAGAAGUCUGCCCAACGAAUGGUGCCAGACACUUGGUGGAAUUAUAUUGCAUGUGGAUGGCAAGAAAAUUACCAUUCUUCACUGAUAGUAUUUCAGUGGUUCUUUUUGGAAUGUCUCUAGGUGAUUUUGAGUUGCUUCCUCUGGUAAUCUCUCAAUUCUUUUUUGUGCCAUAAAAUUAUUUUUGUAAAUAGGGAAAAAAAGUAAAAAUUCUAAUCAAUCUUUACUAAGUUUUGGAUAAAAACAGAAGGGCCAAUAUCUGUUGCUAGUUGACAGGAAAACAGAUAUACUGUAAAGAAGUAGAAAUUGAGUGGAAGAUCUUUCUGUCUAGUCCUUGAAAUAUUCCCC